GAAUCAGAGGAAAAGAGCCCUUGGACAAAGUAUGGGCCACCAAACUGGUUAGAACGCAAGAUACACACCACUACACAGGGACCUUACCUUGGAAAUAGCACGAUUGGCUUCCAUGUCAUCUUUGAAAAUGGAGAUGACCCUAGUUUCAGCGUGUCCUCAAUAGAGACCAACAGACCAGGUUUAUUCCUUCAAGAAGCCUCUCAAAGCCUGUGGGGUGGCAGCUGUUUCCAGAAGGAAAUAGCAUCCCAAGAAUAGACUGGAUGGCCAAGAACUCAUAUGGAAGAAUGGUACACAGCAGAAGAAAAGUUGAAUUUCAAGCAACAACUUCAAUGCCAUGAGGCAACAUCACAGCUUUCCCAGUCUGAGAGAAAAAAUAUGGAAUGUGUUUUACCGCUGACUGAACACAACCAAAUGAACUGUACUGACAGUAGUUUGAAAACCAACAGUUAGCAGUUUGUUCCAGCUCCAACAUUGCCUGGCACUUUCCAGAGCAAACUGUUUACAAGAACUCUCAGUGUUACAAACUUAUUAACCUCAAGCUUUGUUUAUUUAAAAUAUUUCUGUGAAAGAAAAGUCCUUGGAAUUCAUCUUCCAGAAUGGAUAUGAAUGAAUAUUUGUGGAUGGUCAUUUUAGGUUUUAUUAUAGCUUUCAUCUUGGCAUUUUCUGUUGGUGCAAAUGAUGUUGCCAAUUCCUUCGGUACUGCUGUGGGCUCUGGUGUGGUGACCUUGAGACAGGCGUGCAUUCUGGCAUCAAUAUUUGAAACUAUUGGCUCUGUGCUACUGGGAGCCAAAGUAGGAGAGACUAUCCGUAAAGGCAUCAUUGAUGUGAAUCUGUACAACGAGACAGUAAAAACACUUAUGGCUGGGGAAGUGAGUGCAAUGGUUGGUUCAGCCGUUUGGCAGCUGAUUGCAUCCUUCCUGAGACUUCCAGUUUCAGGAACUCACUGCAUUGUUGGCUCCACUAUAGGAUUCUCACUUGUUGCAAUUGGUACAAAGGGUGUGCAGUGGAUGGAGCUUGUCAAGAUUGUUGCUUCUUGGUUUAUAUCUCCACUGUUGUCUGGUUUCAUGUCUGGCGUGCUGUUUGUACUGAUCAGAAUGUUCAUCUUAAAAAAGGAAGACCCCGUUCCCAAUGGUCUUCGAGCACUUCCUCUGUUCUAUGCUGCUACGAUAGCAAUAAAUGUCUUUUCCAUCAUGUACACAGGAGCACCAGUGCUGGGCCUGACUCUCCCGGUGUGGGCAAUAGUGCUCAUUUCCUUUGGUGUGGGUCUGCUGUUUGCCCUCUUUGUGUGGCUCUUUGUGUGUCCAUGGAUGCGGAGGAAAAUAGCAGGCAAAUUACAAAAAGAAGGUGCUUUAUCACGAGUAUCUGACGAAAGCCUCAGUAAAGUCCAAGAAGUGGAAUCUCCUGUCUUUAGGGAGCUUCCAGGUGCCAAGGCCAAUGAUGACAGCACUGUCCCUCUCACGGGGCCACCUGGGGAGACCACAGGGGCCUUAGAGGGCACGUCUACAGGGAAGCACCCACGGGCCUCGUAUGGAAGGGCGUUGUCCAUGACACCCAGCUCUGCCAAGUCUCCCGUCUCCAACGGCACAUUUGGCUUCGACAGCCACACAAGGAGUGACGGCCACGUGUAUCACACAGUUCACAAAGACUCGGGGCUCUACAAGGACUUGCUGCAUAAGAUCCACGUGGACCGGGGCUCCGAGGAGAAGCCGGCCCCCGAGAACAACUACCGGCUGCUGCGGCGCAAUAACAGCUACACCUGCUACACCGCAGCCAUCUGUGGGAUGCCUGUGCACGCCACUUUCAAGGCAGCUGACUCAGCCUCGGCCCCAGAGGAUAGUGAGAAGCUGGUAGGGGACACUGUGGCCUAUUCUAAGAAGAGACUUCGCUAUGACAGCUACUCCAGCUACUGCAAUGCGGUAGCGGAAGCAGAGAUCGAGGCUGAGGAGGGCGGUGUGGAGAUGAAGCUGGCAUCAGAGCUUCCAGACCCUGAUCAGCCUCGGGAGGACCCUGCAGAGGAGGAACAGGAGAAGGAUGCCCCUGAGGUCCAUCUGCUGUUCCAUUUUCUGCAAGUCCUCACAGCCUGCUUUGGGUCCUUCGCACACGGAGGCAAUGACGUGAGUAAUGCCAUUGGUCCCCUGGUGGCUUUGUGGCUGAUUUAUAAACAAGGUGGAGUAAUGCAAGAAGCAGCCACUCCUGUCUGGCUGCUGUUUUAUGGUGGAGCUGGAAUCUGCACAGGUCUCUGGGUUUGGGGGAGAAGAGUGAUCCAGACCAUGGGGAAGGACCUCACUCCCAUCACACCAUCCAGUGGCUUCACCAUUGAGCUGGCCUCAGCCUUCACCGUGGUGAUCGCCUCCAACAUCGGGCUUCCUGUGAGCACAACACACUGCAAGGUGGGAUCAGUAGUUGCUGUGGGCUGGAUCCGCUCCCGGAAGGCCGUGGACUGGCGCCUCUUCCGGAACAUCUUUGUGGCCUGGUUUGUGACUGUCCCGGUGGCAGGGUUAUUCAGCGCUGCUGUCAUGGCUCUUCUCAUGUAUGGGAUCCUUCCAUAGGUGUGACUUGUCUUCCUCCCACCAGUAAAUAAGUAAAAUGGUAGAUAGUCUAGCAUGGGUGUGCGGGAGGUAUGUGCCCUGACAUAUCUCUUUUCUUUCUCACACAUGCACACGCACAUGCGUGCACACGCUCACAUGCAUGGCUGUCUCCCAUUCAGCCCUGCACAUCCCUUUCAGAUGGCCCCAUGCCACACUGCUCUCCCAGGCUGCAGAGGUUCAUCUUCCAGAGCUAACUUAACUACUGUACAUAGUAGUAUGUAUUAAACUGGUAUCGUGGUGAUAUGUGGUGCAGUUACUUAUAUAUUAAAUAUAUAUUAUAUAUACCAAAUAGCAUUAUUUCAAACGUACUCAAGAUGGGAGUGGAGACUAUUGCCUAGAAUUCAAUAUUCAAUAAAUCUUGUACAUAAUUUCAGUGGCAAAUGUUAAGAACAUUUUGGAAACGAAGUGUAGAUUGGAAAAUAAUUUCUUUUUCCAACUGGUAUUUUUUUUUCCCUUUUCUAUACUGUAAAAAAGUGAGCUAGCAGAUCCGGGUUACAGUCAGGCCAGUGUACACAGGCCUGCAUGUACCAUGUAAAACUGGGCCAGGGGCUCACAAGUGCUUUCCUGGCAGAAUGUGUUCACAUAGUACAAAUGGGUUACUGUACAAUAUAUCAUACUUUCUUUUGUAAAUACUUAAAACUGUAAUUUUAAUGGUGUGCUUCCCUUAUACAUUUUUGAUCAGAGGAUUUUGGAAGUACCAAAGAAGCAGGGGAAUAGUUUGCCAGUAUUAGAUUUCUUGUUGUCUCCCUUGUCACUCAUCACUCCCAUUUGCCUGGGUGUGGAAGACCAGCCAAGCUCUUAUCCGCCAAGAGCAAAGUGUGUGGCUGAGUACCAGCUGCCCACCAUGUACACGUCCCAUUGUGGAUUCCCACCUCAUCAGCAGCCCCCCUGCUGCCACAUACCAGAUACCAGUCAGCACUACAGUGGCCUUUCACUGUCACCAGCGUGGAGAAUGUACAGGUACAGGAUGAGGGCUAAGCACUACAUAUCAAAUCCCAGUGAAACUUCCAUCCCUGUUUUCCCCUGCAGUUGAAAAGUUGAGAUCUUGUCUCAAAUAUUAAAGCCAGUGAGGCUUUUUGUGUGCUUUCACGUUCUAGAAAUUUGGGUGCUGAGGAAUUCAAAAUACACUGGGUUUGAGUUCCUUGGGGCCUUUACUAAUCAGAACAGCUGAGGCUCAUAGAGAGCACUGGAUUCUCUGUUGCUAGCAAGAGGGAGGAAGUAGAACUAAUGUAAGAGCUUGACACUUUGGAAAUGCUGCUAAAAUUUUUAUAUUGACAAACAUUUUCUUGGUACUUCAUUGUGAUUUUUCAUUAAUCAACCAUAAUAAAUUUAUAAUAAAAAGUACCCCUCAAAA